AUGUCUGAUACCGGAUCUAUGGAGGGGGAAGGAGGAGGAGGGUUUAAUGACCCAGUAGAAGUGAGUGAUGUGGAAUCGCUAUCAGAUACAGACAGUGGAGUUGACAGAGAUACUGAGAGUUAUGAAUGGGAUCAACCCCAACCAAAUGAAGAUGUCUUGUUAGGGCGAGGUCCACGUAUGAACGACAAUGUUGGAAUUCCACAUUACUUCCCCACACAAAGAAAUGUUGAUCCACAUGAUGAUAAUCCUAUAUAUGGAUCAUGUGAAUAUGACGACCCUACGGUUUAUUGUGGCUGUCAAAAAGCUUGUACUCAUGAACAAUUAUCUACCCCUCAUCUAGAGUCAACAAUUAAACUUGAGAACAUUUCAGAUUCUUCACUUCAAACAGAUUUAUAUACAGGCACAAAUAUGCCAUUUCUUCCAAGACCAGAAAGUCCAAUGUCUCGAGAUGCUGAUCCGGAUUAUGUGAAUAGCCAUAGCAAUGUUGAUCCGCACGACAAAUGUACCACGUAUGGGUCACAUGAACGUGGCAUUUCUUGUGGUUGUCAAGGAGCUUGUAAUCAUGGACAAUUAUCUGAAUAUCGUAAAGAACCUGCUUUGCCAAGGUCAGCUGUACAGAUUGUUGAAUUGAAAUAUGACAAUACACCUUCUAGAGAGUCAACAAAUAAACUUGAGGUGUGUUCACUUCAAACAGAUUCAUAUACAAGCAGCAAUAUGCCAUUGCUCCCAAGAGCAGAUAGUCCAAUGUCUCGAGAUACUGAUCAGGAUUACGUGAAUGUUGAUCUGCACAAUGAGAGCUAUAACUCUUGUGAAUAUGAUCAGUCAGCUGUGGAUGCUUGUAACAUUCAUGGAGUUAGUAAUCAUCAACAGUUACCUGGAGAUUGUCAUAGCCCUGUUUUGGCAAAUCUAGCCAUACAUAUUGUUGGUGAAUGCAAAAUCAAAUGUGAGUAUAACUUGCCUUUAUUGGAGCCAAAACUGAAAACUGCAGAAGAACUGUCUGAAUGCCGUUUGCUAGAGGAAGAUUCAUACACAGUUACACGCCCAGAAAGUCCACAUUCACAAGUUGCCGGUAACCAAUCUGUAAACACACUUAGCGAUGUUGAUUCACAUGAUGAACUGUCUGAAUGCCGUUUGCUAGAGGAAGAUUCAUACACAGUUACACGCCCAGAAAGUCCACAUUCACAAGUUGCCGGUAACCAAUCUGUAAACACACUUAGCGAUGUUGAUUCACAUGAUGAACAUUGGUCACGAGAAUGUAAUCAACCAUCUUUGGAUUGUGACUGUCAGGGAGCUUGUAAUCAUGAACAGUAUGGAAAGAGAACUUUCACGUAUACUCCUCCACAGUGUGAUACCAAGUCUACUCACCAAUCAGAUAUUACUCUCGGACAAUACAUUCCUGUUGUAAAACAAGAAAAACCAAAGUACAAAAGUAGAAUAGUCCUGCCUGAGGAACAGACAUAUAGUUGCUCUGAUUGCACAGAAAAUGCAAACAGUGAUCAUGAUUCCUUCAACUCAGCAAGUGACUCUAGAAGUAAUUCAGUAUACAUCAACUGUGAGAAUCAGAAAGACAGCAAAAAACGUUGGUAUCAACGACUUCUUCCUGGAAAGCAGAAAGCAAAGUCAAAGCAUACACAGAAACAUUCAGCAUCCUUGAAACAGAGUGAAAGAAAAUCAGAGCAAAAUCAUGUGAAAAGAGAUAAAAAGAGGAAACAAACUAAUAAAAAACAUUCAAAAAAGCCAAUUAAAAUUGAUGAUAACCAUAACUUAGAAAGUAUUUCAUCAGAUACCUUGUCAAUGAUAAGUAACACGCCACCAAAGUCCAAGCGAAAAAGCGUUAAGAACCAAGUCUUCAUCACUUACGCUAUGGCACAGUAUGAUAGUGUUGUCAAUGAGUUGGUACCACUGUUACGGGAUUGGGGUCUCGAUGUGGUGUAUGACCUGACCAGAAGAGAUUAUGAAGCAGAAGAGUUUAAUAAAAUGCUGGAAGACAUACCAGGCUGGCUUAUCAACAACUGCCAAAAAGGCUGUAUAAUAGUUUGCUGCAGUAUGGAAUAUAGGUCAGAAUGUGAGCAACCAGAAGACGUGGAGGACUAUCAACACGGAUUGAAUACUAGAAUGAUUCACAAGCAACUGACGAGCCAUUUUCACUACUGUAGUAAUCUAUCAAACAUUGUUCCGUUAAUUGUACCGGGAUACAAUAGAUCCACCAUCAGGAAUGCAGUUCUGCCUGCCUAUCUGCACGGUACGCUGUACUAUGAAUGGCCAACGACGUCUCGGUAUAACAGAGAAUGCCUCUAUAAAAGACUGGUAGGGAAAAUUGAAAGUCAAGCUCCACCAAUUGGAUCACCAUUACCAGUUAUUUCACGCAUUUUUUAUUAAGAAGAAAUCAAAAUCAAGGAAUUGCACUCCUCUUAUAUUUAUAUACUAUUUAUUAGGCUGAAGUUGACAUAUUUGACAACCAACAAAGAAUUGGACUACCAAUGCCAGAUUUGU